GUACCUCGUCGAAGCCCUCCUGCGGUGUCACGAGAAGCACAGCACCUAUGUCAUGCUGCAUUCAAAAGCGCUGCACCAAAUGGACGCAGCUGUGGCCGCAGCGCAGAAUUUUACGAAGUGCGAUGCUGACACCCAGGCCCUGCAGCAAGCCUGGCAGCUGGCCGUCCGAGCUGAGGAGCGGAGUGCGGAGGUCUUGAUCGAGGCAUGGGCGGCCACGGUGGCCGGCGCGGACAGCAUUGCGAUGGUCUUGCAAGAUGAGCAGCUCCUCUCCUUUUUCGGGGAUGAGCAGCUCCUUUCCUUUCUCGGAGACUGGGCCAAGGACGUGGAGGUGGAGGUGACGUGCCAGAACGCCACGGUGCUGGCCUUGCAAAGCCAGGCUCUUGCCGCCUCUGCUCUGGAUCGCACGGCCUGGGAAUUAAUGCAGGAGGUGGUCACUUUCCAGGCCUUGGCGCUCUACCAGCAGCAGCAGCUGAAGAAGAAGCGCUUACAGCAUGUGGCCCUGACAGAUACCUGGGAGGCGCUGAAGACCGCUCUCCUGACUGCGGCAGACCCGGGCCAGCCCCUGGGGCAGAGGCUGGCUGCGUCA